AAAGAAUUACUCGUUCAUUCCCUCCGGCACGCUCAUCGCUCUGCAUAGACUGUAGUUACCCAACAUGCCGGUUCCUUGGGAAGCCCUUCUGCCUCUUGGCAUCAUGACCGCGUUCUUCGGCGUCACUGGUACGGCCUUGAACCUCACCGAGCGCGUCUCGAACCUCGGCCGGAGCGGCCGCUACAACCUGGACCAGUGGGACACUAUGAUGAUCAAUCGUGACUACCGAUUGACUGGGCAUAAGCGGGGACAGAGUACAGAGCCCUAUGCACCUGAGGGCUACGAGACAAGGCCUGUCGUCUCUGUCCAGAGAAUCGCGUAGAUUAUCCCUGGUCCUCCCGAAUACAUCCUUUGCAUCCCGUUUGUAAACCGCCGUUGUGACCAGGAUCAAACCGACUCCCCUCCCUCGAACCUAUCCGUCCUGCUAACGCCUGCUCUCACCACUUCCCCAUCCUCAUGCAAGCGGGCG